AUGAUUGACGGAAUUUUUAACGUUCCCUUGUCUCCCCCUACUUCGCCGCGCAAUUCUGCGUACGGCACAUCCAUUGUCGACAACGAGUGGCAGACUUCCAGCUCUCGGACAGAGGAGCACACUCCGCCACACUCGGACUGCGACAUGACUGUUCUCCAGAUCGAAGAUGCCAGUAACACAUACGAUCUCAAGCGACCCUCAAUACGAUCACACAAGAGUUUCCCUUACCUUCUCGACAGCAAGUCACAUCUUACCAGCGGCGCUAACUCACUCCCAACGGUGAACGAGAUUGAGCCGCACGACUUGCCCACUGUAACUUUUGGUGGCUCAGCCCCCACUAGUCCGAUCUCAAGGCUGACUCCCCCGUCAACUCAUGAUGGGACUGUUGAGAAGGUUGAAGAUGAGGGUGAUGACAUCUUAUCAGACGAGAAGGACGAUGCUGCUGAUAGCGACGUCAACGAGGAUGAUCGACCCAUGACGGCUGCCGAGAUCCGAGCGGCAAAGCGCAAGAUGAAGAGGUUCAGGCUCACGCACAACCAAACCCGCUUCCUCAUGAGCGAGUUCGCCCGUCAAGCCCACCCAGAUGCCGCUCAUAGAGAACGUCUGUCCCGCGAGAUCCCUGGUCUCAGCCCUCGGCAGGUGCAAGUUUGGUUCCAGAACCGACGAGCGAAGCUCAAGCGUCUCACUAGCGACGACCGCGAACGCAUGAUGAGAUCGCGAGCUCUUCCAGACGACUUUGAUAUGGCACAGGCUCUCCAUGCACCGUUUGGAAAUGCACACGGACUUGGAACACCGCUCGCUUCCCCAGCUGCGUUUGGUCAAGGCUUCCCUGAAAGUGGUAUGAUGCGACCUCUCAGCAUCGACACUCUACGACGACAGGGUCUUGAUUCUCACAUGUCACCAACAGGAAUCAGCCCUGCUUUUGGUGGAUUUUCGUUCACACCACCGCAAUCUGCGACUGACACGCUGUCCCCCGUUUCAGCUCACGAUUCGCCUUUUGGCUUUCCUUCCGCCCCUCUUGAUGCCAGCCCCAGGACGUCAAACCCAUUCUCCAUUCCAGUCAGCACACCCACAUCAUACUCUUCUCAACAUACUAUUCCACGCCUCGCACUCCACUCCGAUCGCAUUUCCAGACCGCGCGCUGGCACACUCGACUCGCCACUUCGCACAAGCAUGAGCUACUCCCACACCAGCGAUGCAACCCAGACAUCAAUGGACUCCAACAGCCACUCCGAUGUUUCGCGAUCGUUCUCGGGCUCGAUGAUGCCGUAUGGCAUUGGUUACUCUUACGCCCCUGUCCCCGGUUUCCAAGCCUCCAGCUCACACAGGAUGCGCUCGUUCUCCAAUGGUGUGCCCAGACGCAUCGAACUGAGCACUCACUACACUCCAAGCCGUACCGUAUCUACUCCACAGACCGCCCAGUUCCCAUCGUAUUCCAGCGCACCACUUGCCACGCCUGUUUCAUACGGUAUGCCUCAGUUGAGUGCACCACACCAUCUAUCCAGUUUCUCCAACUCGUAUCUCCGAACCGACUCUGCGCACAACGACAGCUACUCUGGCGUCGGCUCGUCCCUGCGAGACAUGCUCGAGCACGGCGACCACGGGCACGACGAUCACAGCUACUGA